GCACGAGUCGAGGCGUUGGAACCGGAGCUUCGGUGGGGUGGGGGGAGGCGGGGGCGGAGCGCCAGAGAGGAGAAGGGGGUGGAGAGAGGAGGAAGCGGGGCUCCUCUGCCGGGACCCCCCCACCUCUCCAUGUGGAGCUGCCCCGGCGGCCACGGCGGAGGAGGCGGCGAGCGAGAAGAUGCCCGGCCCGCGCCACGCCGCGCUCUGGGCGCUCCUGGCGCUCUGGCUGUGCCGCGCGGCCCCCGCGCGCGCUUUGCAGUGUCGAGAUGGCUAUGAGCCCUGUGUGAACAAAGGAAUGUGUGUUACCUACCACAAUGGCACAGGAUACUGCGAGUGCCCAGAGGGCUUCUUGGGAGAGUAUUGUCAACAUCGAGACCCAUGUGAAAAGAAUCGCUGUCAGAAUGGUGGGACGUGUGUGGCCCAGGCCACAUUGGGAAAAGCCACAUGCCGAUGUGCUCCAGGGUUCACAGGAGAGGACUGCCAGUUAUCAACCUCUCACCCCUGCUUCGUGUCUCGACCCUGCCAGAAUGGAGGCAUCUGCCACACACGUGGCCGGGAUACCUUUGAGUGCACCUGCCAAGUUGGCUUUACAGGGAAGCUGUGCCAGUGGACUGAUGCCUGCCUGUCUCAUCCUUGUGCAAAUGGAAGUACCUGCACCAUUGUGGCCAACCAGAUAUCCUGCAAAUGCCUUGCGGGCUUCACAGGGCAGAGGUGUGAGACUGAUGUCAAUGAGUGUGAUGUUCCAGGACGCUGCCAGCAUGGUGGGACCUGCCUCAACCUGCCUGGUUCCUACCAGUGCCAAUGUCCACAGGGCUUCACAGGCCAGCACUGUGAAAGCCCCUAUGUGCCUUGUGCCCCAUCCCCCUGUGUCAAUGGAGGCACCUGCCGGCAGACUGGAGACUUCACUUUUGAGUGCAACUGCCUUCCAGGUUUUGAAGGGAACACCUGUGAACGGAACAUAGAUGACUGCCCUAACCACAAGUGUCAAAAUGGAGGGGUUUGUGUGGAUGGAGUCAACACUUACAACUGCCGCUGCCCGCCACAGUGGACAGGGCAGUUCUGUACAGAGGAUGUGGAUGAGUGCCUGCUGCAACCCAACGCCUGUCAGAACGGGGGCACCUGUACCAACCGCAACGGGGACUACGGCUGUGUGUGCGUCAACGGCUGGAGUGGAGAUGACUGCAGUGAGAACAUCGACGACUGUGCCUUCGCCUCCUGCACCCCCGGCUCCACCUGCAUCGACCGCGUGGCCUCCUUCUCCUGCAUGUGUCCAGAGGGAAAGGCAGGUCUCCUGUGUCAUCUGGACGAUGCAUGCAUUAGCAACCCUUGCCACAAGGGGGCACUGUGUGACACCAACCCUCUGAAUGGACAGUAUAUUUGCACCUGCCCACAGGGCUACAAAGGCGCUGACUGUACCGAAGAUGUAGAUGAGUGUACCAUGGCCAACAGCAAUCCCUGUGAGCAUGCAGGAAAAUGCAUGAAUACAGAUGGUGCCUUCUACUGCGAGUGUCUAAAGGGCUACGCAGGGCCUCGCUGCGAAAUGGACAUCAACGAGUGCCAUUCAGACCCCUGCCAGAAUGAUGCCACCUGCUUGGAUAAGAUAGGAGGCUUCACGUGUCUGUGCAUGCCAGGUUUCAAAGGUGUGCAUUGUGAAUUGGAGAUAAAUGAAUGUCACAGCAACCCCUGCGUCAACAAUGGGCAAUGUGUGGAUAAAGUCAAUCGCUUCCAGUGUCUCUGUCCACCUGGUUUUACAGGGCCGGUAUGCCAGAUCGAUAUUGAUGACUGUUCCAGCACUCCAUGUCUGAAUGGGGCAAAGUGCAUUGAUCACCCGAAUGGCUAUGAGUGCCAGUGUGCCACAGGCUUCACCGGCGUGUUGUGUGGGGAGAACAUCGACAACUGCGACCCUGACCCCUGCCACCACGGCCAGUGCCAGGAUGGCAUUGACUCCUACACCUGCCUCUGCAACCCCGGGUACAUGGGCGCCAUCUGCAGCGACCAGAUCGACGAGUGCUACAGCAGCCCCUGCCUCAACGAAGGGCGCUGCAUCGACCUGGUGAACGGCUACCAGUGCAACUGCCAGCCAGGAACGUCAGGCGUCAAUUGUGAGAUCAACUUUGAUGACUGUGCAAGCAGCCCUUGUGUCCAUGGAGUCUGCGUGGAUGGAAUCAAUCGCUACAGUUGUGUCUGCUCACCGGGAUACACAGGGCAGCGGUGUAACAUCGACAUCGACGAGUGCGCAUCUAAUCCUUGCCGCAAGGGGGCGACGUGCGUCAACGAUGUGGAUGGUUUCCGUUGCUUGUGCCCUGAGGGACCCCAUCACCCAAGCUGCUACUCACAGGUGAACGAGUGUCUGAGCAACCCCUGCAUUCAUGGCAACUGCACCGGAGGCCUCAGCGGAUAUAAGUGCCUUUGUGAUGCAGGCUGGGUUGGUAUCAACUGUGAGGUAGACAAAAACGAAUGUCUGUCUAACCCGUGCCAGAAUGGAGGAACUUGCGACAAUCUGGUGAAUGGAUACAGGUGUACUUGCAAGAAGGGUUUUAAAGGCCACAACUGCCAGGUGAAUAUUGAUGAAUGUGCUUCAAAUCCAUGCUUGAACCAAGGAACCUGCUUUGAUGAUAUAAGUGGCUACACUUGUCAGUGUGUGCUGCCGUACACAGGCAAGAAUUGUCAGACUGUCUUGGCUCCCUGUUCCCCAAAUCCUUGUGAGAACGCUGCUGUCUGCAAAGAGUCACCAGACUUUGAGAGCUACACCUGUGUGUGUGCUCCUGGCUGGCAAGGUCAGCGAUGCACAAUUGAUGUUGACGAGUGUGUCUCGAAGCCCUGCCUGAACCACGGGGUCUGCCACAACACUCAGGGCAGCUACAUGUGCGAAUGUCCCCCGGGCUUCAGCGGGAUGGACUGUGAGGAGGACAUCGACGACUGCCUUACCAAUCCCUGCCAGAAUGGAGGUUCCUGUAUGGACAGAGUGAACACUUUCUCCUGCCUCUGCCUUCCGGGCUUCGUUGGGGAGAAGUGCCAAACCGACAUGAAUGAGUGUCUGAGUGAACCCUGUAAGAAUGGAGGGACCUGCUCCGACUACGUCAACAGCUACACCUGCAAGUGUCCGGCGGGGUUUGAUGGAGUCCACUGUGAGCACAACAUUGACGAGUGCACUGAGAGCUCCUGUUUCAAUGGUGGCACGUGUGUUGAUGGGAUCAACUCCUUCUCCUGCCUCUGCCCGGUGGGUUUCACUGGUCCUUUCUGCCUCCAUGAGAUCAAUGAGUGCAGCUCUAAUCCAUGCCUGAAUGAGGGAACCUGUGUCGAUGGCCUGGGCACCUAUCGCUGCGUUUGCCCCCUGGGCUACACUGGCAAAAGCUGUCAGACCCUCGUGAACCUGUGCAGCCGGUCCCCAUGUAAAAACGGGGGAACUUGUGUGCAGGACAAAGCCGAGUCGCGGUGCCUGUGUCCAUCUGGGUGGGCUGGCGCCUACUGUGAUGUGCCUAGUGUCUCCUGCGAAACAGCAGCCCUCCGCAGAGGUGUGUCUGUUGCUCACUUGUGUCAGCACUCAGGCGUCUGCAUAGAUGCUGGAACCACACACCACUGCCAGUGUCCCUUUGGCUACACGGGGAGCUACUGUGAGGAGCAGCUCGAUGAAUGUGCAUCUAAUCCCUGCCAGCACGGUGCCACCUGCAGUGACUUCAUCGGUGGAUACGGAUGUGAGUGUGUACCGGGAUAUCAGGGUGUCAACUGUGAAUACGAAGUGGACGAGUGCCAGAAUCAGCCAUGCCAGAAUGGAGGCACCUGUAUUGACCUUGUGAACCACUUCAAGUGCUCCUGCCCACCAGGCACUCGAGGCCUGCUUUGCGAAGAGAACAUUGAUGACUGUGCUGGGGGACCCCACUGCUUUAAUGGUGGUCAGUGUGUGGAUCGGAUUGGGGGCUACAGCUGUCGCUGCUUGCCCGGCUUUGCUGGGGAGCGAUGUGAGGGGGACAUCAAUGAGUGUCUCUCCAGCCCCUGCAGCUCUGAGGGCAGCCUGGACUGCAUCCAGCUCACCAACAACUACCUGUGUGUCUGCCGCAGCGCUUUCACCGGCCGUCACUGUGAAACCUUUGUGGAUGUGUGUCCCCAAAUGCCUUGCCUGAAUGGCGGCACUUGUGCUGUGGCCAGCAACACUCCUGAUGGCUUCAUUUGUCGCUGCCCCCCGGGAUUCUCUGGGGCAAGAUGCCAGAGCAGCUGUGGCCAAGUGAAGUGUCGCAGAGGGGAGCAGUGCGUGCACACAGCUUCGGGACCACGCUGCUUCUGCCCCAACCCCCAGGACUGUGAUUCAGGCUGUGCCAGUAACCCCUGCCAGCACGGGGGCAGCUGCUACUCUCAACGGCAGCCUCCUUAUUACUCCUGCCGCUGUGCUCCUCCGUUCUGGGGCAGCCACUGUGAACUCUACACGGCCCCCACCAGCAGCCCUCCUGCCACUUGUUUGAGCCAGUAUUGCGCCGACAAAGCUCGAGAUGGAGUCUGUGAUGAGGCCUGCAACAGCCAUGCCUGCCAGUGGGAUGGUGGUGACUGUUCCCUCACCAUGGAGGACCCCUGGGCCAACUGCUCCUCCCCGCUCCCCUGCUGGGAUUACAUUAACAACCAGUGUGAUGAGCUAUGCAACACAGCCGAGUGCCUCUUUGACAACUUUGAAUGCCAAGGGAACAGCAAGACGUGCAAGUAUGACAAAUACUGCGCGGACCACUUCAAAGACAACCACUGUGACCAGGGCUGCAACAGCGAGGAGUGCGGCUGGGACGGGCUGGACUGUGCUGCUGACCGACCCGAGAACCUGGCGGAGGGCAUGUUGGUCAUCGUGGUGCUGAUGCCCCCAGAACAGCUGCUUCAGGACUCUCGCAGCUUCUUGCGAGCCCUGGGCACCCUGCUGCGCACCAACCUGCGCAUCAAGCAGGACUCCCAAGGAAACAUGAUGGUGUACCCUUACUAUGGCGAGAAGUCUGCAGCCCUGAAGAAGCAGAGGAUGGCACGGAGAUCCCUUCCCGAAGAACAGGAGCAGGAAGUGGUUGGCUCCAGGGUCUUUCUGGAAAUCGACAACCGCCAGUGUGUUCAAGACUCAGACCAGUGCUUCAAGAACACAGAUGCAGCAGCAGCUCUGCUGGCUUCUCACGCCAUCCAGGGGACCCUCUCAUACCCGCUCGUGUCUGUCGUCAGUGAAUCUCUGACUCCGAAGGGCACGCAGAUGCUCUAUCUGCUCGCCAUCGCUGUGGUCAUCAUCCUGUUCAUCAUCCUGCUGGGCGUCAUCAUGGCAAAGCGCAAGCGGAAGCACGGCUCUCUCUGGCUGCCCGAAGGCUUCACCCUACGCCGAGACACCAGCAACCACAAGCGUCGCGAGCCUGUGGGACAGGAUGCGGUGGGGCUGAAGAAUCUCUCAGUACAAGUCUCAGAGUCCAAUCUAAUUGUUUCUGGAACAAGUGGCCACUGGGUCGAUGAUGAAGGACCCCAGCCAAAGAAGGCCAAGGCUGAAGACGAGGCUCUGCUCUCAGAGGAGGAUGAUCCCAUUGAUCGGCGCCCGUGGACACAACAGCACCUUGAAGCUGCAGACAUCCGUCGGACACCAUCACUGGCCCUCACUCCUCCUCAGGCAGAGCAGGAGGUGGACGUGUUGGACGUGAACGUCCGGGGCCCAGAUGGGUGCACCCCACUGAUGCUGGCCUCUCUCCGAGGAGGCAGCUCCGACGUCAGUGAUGAAGAUGAAGAUGCUGAGGACUCUUCUGCCAACAUCAUCACCGACUUGGUCUUCCAGGGUGCCAGCCUGCAGGCCCAGACCGACAGGACGGGCGAGAUGGCCCUGCACCUUGCAGCCCGCUACUCAAGGGCUGAUGCUGCCAAGCGGCUCCUGGAUGCAGGCGCAGAUGCCAACGCACAGGACAACAUGGGCCGCUGCCCUCUGCAUGCAGCAGUAGCAGCUGACGCCCAAGGAGUCUUUCAGAUUCUGAUCCGCAAUCGAGUAACAGAUCUAGAUGCCAGGAUGAAUGAUGGAACCACACCGCUGAUCCUGGCUGCCCGCCUGGCUGUGGAGGGCAUGGUGGCCGAACUGAUCAACUGCCAAGCUGAUGUGAACGCCGUGGAUGACCAUGGAAAAUCUGCUCUUCACUGGGCAGCUGCAGUCAACAACGUGGAGGCAACUCUUCUACUAUUGAAAAAUGGAGCUAACCGAGACAUGCAGGACAACAAGGAAGAAACGCCUUUGUUCCUUGCCGCCCGGGAGGGGAGCUAUGAAGCAGCCAAGAUCCUCUUGGACCACUUCGCCAAUCGGGACAUCACAGACCACAUGGAUCGUCUCCCCCGCGAUGUGGCCCGGGAUCGCAUGCACCAUGACAUCGUGCGCCUCCUGGAUGAAUACAAUGUGACCCCCAGUCCCCCGGGCACAAUGCUCACCUCUGCUCUGUCACCCGUCAUCUGUGGGCCCAACAGGCCCUUCCUCAGCUUGAAGCACACCCCAAUGGGCAAGAAGCCUCGGCGGCCUAAUGCCAAAAGUGCCAUCCCCACCAGCCUGCCUAACCUUGCCAAGGAGGCCAAGGAGGCCAAAGGUAGCAGGAGGAAGAAAUCUCUGAGUGAGAAGGUCCAGCUGUCUGAGAGCUCGGUGACGUUAUCCCCUGUUGAUUCUCUAGAAUCCCCUCAUACGUACGUUUCUGAUACCACCUCCUCCCCAAUGAUCACAUCCCCCAGCAUCUUGCAGGCCUCCCCCAACCCUAUGUUGGCCACGGCAGCCCCCACGGCCCAAGUCCAUGCACAGCACGCACUGUCUUUCUCCAACCUUCAUGAGAUGCAGCCUUUGGCUCAUGGCGGAGCCAACACUGUGCUCCCCUCAGUGAGCCAGUUGCUCUCCCACCACCACAUUGUCCCUCCAGCCAAUGGCAGUGCAGGGAGCUUGGGUAGGCUCCAUCCAGUCACUGUCCCAGCAGACUGGAUGAACCGUGUGGAGGUGAAUGAGACCCAGUACAAUGAGAUGUUUGGUAUGGUCCUGGCUCCAACCGAGGGCACCCACCCUGGUAUAGCCCCGCAGAGCAGGCCACCCGAGGGGAAGCACAUAGCUCCCCCACGGGAGACCUUACCCCCUAUUGUGACUUUCCAGCUCAUCCCCAAAGGCAGUAUUGGCCAGUCCACUGGGGCUCCCCAAACUCAGUCCAGCUGCCCUCCAGCUGUUGCAGGCCCCCUGCCCACCAUAUACCAGAUUCCAGAAAUGGCCCGUGUGCCUGGUGUGGCUUUCCCUACUGCCAUGAUGCCCCAGCAGGAGGGGCAGGUAGCUCAGACCAUUCUCCCAGCCUAUCACUCUUUCCCAGCCUCUGUGGGCAAGUACCCCACACCCCCUUCACAGCAUAGUUAUGCUUCCUCAAGUGCUGCUGAGCGAACACCCAGUCACAGUGGUCACCUCCAGGGGGAGCAUCCGUACCUGACACCAUCCCCAGAGUCUCCUGACCAGUGGUCAAGUUCAUCACCCCACUCUGCUUCUGACUGGUCAGAUGUGACCACCAGUCCUACUCCUGGAGGUGCUGGAGGUGGUCAGCGGGGACCUGGGACCCACAUGUCUGAGCCACCACACAACAACAUGCAGGUGUAUGCAUGAAGGAGUCUGCCUCAAGCGGAGGACCAGAACUGCCGAUUGUAAAUGCUGCUGAGGAACAAAUGAAGGUCAUUCGAGAGAGAAAUGAAGAAAUCUCUGGAACUAACUUCUGGAGGCAGGAGGGAGAAGAUGCUUCUCUCUCUCAGAUAAUACAAGAGAAGCAGCUAUUGCACUUCACUGGGCAACCACAGGGUUUUGGUGGGAGCGACAAGGCUCCUGCUAACCUCUUGCCCGUCGAUCCAAGUUCACGGAAAUGCAAGAAUACAAGCCUUGAUGCCGUGUUUAGUGUCUUCUGGUCGGAGAAUAAGAUGUUGUGCCUGUUGUUGCCCAGACAUCCUUCUAGCUUGGACUGUGUUUUAAGCCCCAUCCACAGAAAGAUCCUGCACUCAGAGUCCUGUUGGGAAUGGUGCCCUGGAAUUCUGCCCGAGUUGACUUAUCUUCUCAUCUUGGAAGUUGCUUCGACUUCAUUUGGUGCUUUUGUUUUUGCACCUCUUGGUGGUUGUAGCUCCACCAGCAUGUUAUAGGGACAAGACCUUUAUGCUUUUGAUCAUUCCUACCUAGAGAGCAACUUCAUCUGCCUUUCCUCCCCACAGCACUGAAAGUCCCACAGGGUUUAUUUGGCUUGGAUUUUUUUUUUUUUAGCAUAAACCUUUCCAAAUGCUUGUUUGGAAAAUGGACAUGUGACAUUCUCCUACCUAUAUCACUCCUAGAAAGAGGAGAACAGAAAUAUUAGUCUUUGAACCAGAUUUGGGGAUAGGAUUUUAAGGCUGCACCUUAAUCCUCUUAGCAGAAUGCAGGGCUUCAUAUAAAUUUUAUCAGGUAGGAUACAGGUCAGUUGCUUUCUACUCAGUAUGAAGUUUUGUCCUUGGUAACCUAGAUACUGUGAUCCUUUCACUUAAAAAAAAAAAACAAAAAACCAAAACUGGCAGAAGAGUGGAGAUUUUGCGAUGGUCAAGAGAUAAGCUAACUAUGCAAGGAGUGGUCACACAUCCUCAGAUCCCUCCACUUCCUGCCAAGCAUUCCAUUACUGCCAGUGCAAGACACGUUGGUGCCAAGUCUUAGGAUUCUGGGCUUGUUUCCUUCCCUCCUCCACUGGAUGAAGCUGGUCUUAGCUGGUGAACCUUUCCUUCCAUCUGCACAGAAGAACAUGUCUCGAGCAAAAGGCCUUGGCCACACAGGCUGGACUUCUACACCAAGAGGCUUCCUUGCAUCAGAUGGCAGCCUCCACUUCACCGUACACAUGCUGGUCACAGGCCCCGUCACCAUGCUGCACACUGUGACAGGAACUGGAGAGUUGAACUUGUUUCCUAGGGCCUCAGCCAGCCCUUUAAGAAAGGUGGGAAGCGAGAACCUGUGCAGCAGCCUUUGUGGGUUUUUGCUGCCAUUUCUUAACCUGUGAAGCAGCCUUCACGGUCCCUCUUGGGCAACUAAGUAUAGCAUCUGACCAGGGAUGUUUAGCUUUUCACCUCCUAGAUGAUGAUGGACAAUUACGGACCUGUUCACCAUUGUCAUCUCUGUGUCCAUACUGCACUUCAGUGGGGUCUGUCUGCUUCUUUUCAUGCCCUUAGCAACUUCUUGGUUGCCUGUUAAAAGGUGUUUUAGUCAGCGAUGGUAAAGGAGAACAAUUUCCUUCGUCUUUUUCCCUGGGUUACUGAAAGAUCGGUCCCAUGGUCACGUUUCCAUUUCUGCCUGGAGGCUGUCACGCACAUCAUACUUGCAGCAUUGGCACUGCCGGAGCAUUUUGCAGAGAUUAACAGAUGAAUUGUCCUGUUUUGUUUUGAAUCAGAGUUUUCAUCCUUGUUGUGGCUGGAUAUAUUCGUCAGGGCUUCCCACUCGUGAUUUAUCUGUCUGUGGCCUCACGGGAGUUCUGUGUUUCUCUUGGCAUGAAAGUCUACAAGACUUUUUCAGUCUUGUCCAAGGUCAUUGAACCAGCAAAAAUAGUUUUACCAUGAUUAUAAACAGAUUAUGUGUACUCAUUCUCUGUUUUAUUCUUGGACAUGGUAACAUUCUGCCAGUCCCUUUCACAGAGCGUAAACAUCUUUAUCAUUCCACAUAGUGACUCGCUGCCCUUGAAGCCAUUAACUGUGCACAGAUGGGAAGACCCCGUCUGCCUGGACCACAGCACACCUACACCUCCCUGCCCCUCUGCCUCAGCCCCGCUUUCCGACCCUGUCCGCCUGACCUAGCUGUUCGACUCUCUCACCCCCUACCCCUCUUCAAGCACAGUAUGGGACUGACUUGCUCGUUCUCCCCCCUUGGGACACUUUUAUUAGGAUCCUUUGAGACUGGGGAGAGAACGAGAAAACUGCCAUGAUUAGACCAGUACUGACUUUCACACGUCUUACCAGUCUCUUGCGUUGUGUAGUGUGUGGUAGCUGGGAAGGUAAGACAGAGGAUCGCUUUGUCUCUGGACUUUUGAUUUGAUGACCUACGUUUCUACGGGACCCAUCUUUUAUUCCAUGUAUAGACUACCCACAUUUUUUUUGUUUAAUUUUAUUUUUAUAAUCUUUGCUUUGACUCCUCUUCCAUCUGCCUUCGAGGAUAGCUUUUUGUUUGUUUCUUCUGUUUCAUUUUAAAUGUCAUUUUCUGACUUACAUGAUGGUGGAGGGCGGGAGCGGUCUGAGGAAGGAGAGACUGAAUGUUACAGAUGUUAGUGAAGGCAAUCAGCUAUGAUGCUGAAAUCUAUCAUAUCAUCUUAUUAAAUUUGCUAGUUCAUAAUCGUGCGUAGAACCAAAGGUUUCAUGUUUUUCUGCAAGGCUUGGGGAUUUUGGCCUUAACCUAUACAUUGAAUGUGUGAUGCCUGGGAGGACAUGUUUCGGUACCCCAAGGCCCCCAUCAAUAACUAUUUGGUACUACGGUGACUUCCUUGUGUACAUUUCUCUUAAAAGUGAUCCUAUAUCUGUUUGUAUGAGCAACUCAGUAACCAAUAAAAUGACGGCAUAUUCCUGACUCUAUGAUAAGGAAAAUGCACACUUUGUUUUUACUUCUCAAAGUUUCAUUCUAAAAAGUAGCUUAAGAUGAAAUUUAUAUGAAAGCAUUUUUAUCACAAAAUAAACAAAAAAAGUUACAUGUCAAGUUCA